CCUCCGGCACCGGCCUCGCGCCGCCCGGGUUGGGGGGGGCGCACUGCAAAUAGUCCUUUGUUUACAUGCAAUUCCUUACUCCGCGGAAGGAGGCUGGGGGAGUGCUGAGUUUUCACCAGCUGUUUCCCGCCUUGAAACAGACAUCUGAUCAGCUGCAAACACACACACACCACACACACACACAUACACGCGCUCGGGGAGGCAGGCCGGAGAGACCUCCCUCCCGCCCCUCCCGCCCGCCUCCCUCCCCUCGCCGCCGCCGCCGCCGCCACCAGCAUCUGGGACCGGCCGAUUCCGCACCUCCGUCCGGCGCUGCCCUACGAUUCGGAUUUCCAUCUUGCAUCCUCCGGCUGCCUGCGGGACUCGGCUCGCGCGGAGGAGGGGGGCCGAUCGCUAUGGAGUAUUUCAUGGUGCCCGCUCAGAAGGUGCCCUCUUUGCAACAUUUCAGGAAAACAGAGAAAGAAGUGAUAGGAGGGCUCUGUAGCCUGGCCAACAUUCCACUGACUCCUGAGACGCAGCGGGACCAGGAGCGGCGCAUCCGGCGUGAGAUCGCCAACAGCAACGAGCGGCGGCGCAUGCAGAGCAUCAAUGCUGGCUUCCAGUCCCUCAAGACCCUCAUCCCUCACACAGAUGGAGAGAAACUCAGCAAGGCAGCCAUCCUCCAGCAGACGGCAGAGUACAUCUUCUCGCUGGAGCAGGAGAAGACCCGGCUGCUGCAGCAGAACACACAGCUCAAGCGCUUCAUCCAGGAGCUGAGCGGCUCAUCUCCCAAGCGGAGGCGGGCAGAGGACAAGGAUGAGGGCAUUGGCUCGCCAGACAUUUGGGAGGACGAGAAGGCAGAAGACCUGCGGCGGGAGAUGAUUGAGCUGCGGCAGCAACUGGACAAGGAGCGCUCGGUGCGCAUGAUGCUGGAGGAGCAGGUGCGCUCGCUGGAGGCCCACAUGUACCCGGAAAAGCUUAAGGUGAUUGCGCAGCAGGUACAGCUGCAGCAGCAGCAGGAACAGGUACGGCUGCUGCACCAGGAAAAGCUGGAGCGGGAACAGCAGCACCUGCGGACCCAGCUCCUGCCCCCUCCGGCCCCCACGCACCACCCUACAGUGAUUGUGCCGGCCCCACCCCCUCCGCCCUCCCACCACAUCAAUGUCGUCACCAUGGGCCCCUCCUCGGUCAUCAACUCUGUGUCCACAUCGCGGCAGAACCUGGACACUAUAGUGCAGGCGAUCCAGCACAUUGAGGGCACGCAGGACAAGCAGGAGCUGGAGGAGGAGCAGCGGCGAGCGGUCAUCGUGAAGCCGCUACGCAGCUGCCCGGAGGCGCACACCUCUGACACCGCCUCUGAUUCUGAGGCCUCGGACAGCGACGCCAUGGACCAGAGCCGGGAGGAGCCCUUGGGGGACAGCGAGCUUCCCUGACCACCCCCCAGCCCUCCUCUCCCUCCUAGGGGGUUGGAGGGGGCCGGGGCAGCACAGGGAGAGAAAUGGGUGAAUGAGUGCGAAAUUUUUACAAAAUUACGAUAUUGUUUGGGUCUCUUUUGUGACCUCUUUUUCAAUACUGUAAAUCAGCUCUUAAACAGAUUCCCCCCAACCCGUGGUCCCAGGGCUGGGGUGGUAUAGAGCGUGUGGGAGCACCCUUGGGACCCCUGGGCUGGAGGAGGCUGACAGUGAGGUACCCGGCCUCUCUGUCUGCCAAAAGCUUUUUUUUUUUGGUUCAUCGAAUCAUAUUUUUCAGAACAGGGAAAAUCAACCAAACCCCAAGGUAUUUCUGCCUUCCCUUCCCAGAGGCCCCACGCCAGGCCGCCUUUGGUUCCCCCUUCCCUUCCCUCUCCUCUUUCUUUCUGGUUUUCU